GAGCGGGAUCGCACUUGGCCAGUCCGGCUUGCCGUCUUCGCAGCCAUGGCGGCCGCGUCGCUCCCCGCGUGGCGGUGCCUGCAGCCGAGGGCCGGGACCGUGCGUGCCUUCUCCACCGCAGCGUCUCCCACCACUCUCCCCGGGAAUCCACGCCCGCGUACAACAGAAAGAACAUCCAGGUCUGAAAGGCCACCAAGAAGAAAGGCACUACCUCCUAGGACAGAGAAAAUGGCUGUUGACCAGGACUGGCCUAGUGUCUACCCUGUUGCAGCACCAUUUAAACCCUCUGCAGUACCUCUUCCUGUUCGAAUGGGUUACCCAGUAAAAAUGGGGGUGCCCAUGGCAAAGGAGGGAAAUUUAGAACUUUUAAAGAUCCCCAAUUUUUUGCAUUUGACUCCUGUAGCAAUUAAAAAGCAUUGUGAAGCUCUUAAAGAUUUCUGCACUGAGUGGCCAGCUGCACUAGACAGUGAUGAAAAAUGUGAGAAGCAUUUUCCAAUUGAAAUUGACACAGCUGAUUAUGUUUCAGCAGGACCAUCUAUUCGAAACCCCAAAGCACGAGUAGUAACCUUAAGGGUUAAACUUUCAAGUUUGAAUUUAGAUGAUCAUGCAAAGAAGAAACUUAUUAAACUUGUAGGAGAACGAUACUGCAAGACCACAGAUGUGCUUACCAUCAAAACAGAUAGGUGUCCUUUAAAGAGACAGAAUUAUGAUUAUGCAAUGUAUCUGCUAACAGUUUUAUACCAUGAGUCUUGGAAAACUGAGGACUGGGAGAAAAAUAAGACUGAAGCAGACAUGGAAGAGUAUAUAUGGACAAAUAGCUCCUCAGAAAAAAAUAUCCUGGAAACACUUCUCCAAAUUAAAGCCGCAGAGAAAAACCUGGACGUAACUAAAGAAGAGCUCCUUGGCACUAAAGAGAUUGAAGAUUACAAAAAGUGUGUUGUUAGUCUUAAGAACGAAGGGGACAGUGAAAAUACUCUUUCUCAGUACAAAGACUCAGUGAAGAGACUAUUAAAUUUGACAUGAAUUAUGUAGAAAAAUAUGUUGGUUUAUUUUAUGACCUAUAUGUAAUUAUCUAAUUUGAUAUAAAGUUGAAAAUGUUAAAAAAUAUUGUUUUACUUUCGAGUUAAAAUUAUUCCUUUCAUACUAAUGCACAAAAGGCAAUGAAUAUUCACAAAUUUUCUUACUAUA